CAUCGGUGAGUGAGUGUUUUUCUCCAUCACACAAAAAAAGAGAGAGAGAGAGAGUUUGAGUGUCACAAAAAAAAAAAAAAAAUUGAGCGUUUUUUAUUUUUCUCCUUGAAUUUUAUUUCCGUGCAUUUUCACCCCUGUUUUCUAGAAAGAAAAUUGGAAAUCGAUUUCUGGGUUUUUUCUCGAUUGGUUUAAUCUGAAAAUUUAUUUGGAAGACCAAGCUUGUGAAAUCUCGAUUUGUUUUCUAAUAUUCUGCCGAUUUCAGUAUUUUUCUGUGUUUUUUCUGUUUUUUUUUUGUAGAUUAAAUCGUCUAGGAGGGUAAUUUUUGAUCCCUCAAUCUCGGAUCUGCACAGAGGUUGCAUAUUUUAGACCUCUUCGAUCCAUCUUUUAUCAGAAAUUCCUUUUCUUUUUGCUUUUAACAAGAUCAAGGAAGUUUCUUCUCAAAGAUUUGUACUUUGUUUUUUUCUAGAUUUUUGUAAGAUUUUCCUCUGAAUGGCAGCAGCUAUGGAGUUCUACAACAAUAGUAGCAGAAGAAUUCAACGUUCGGAUCCCUUUGGUGGUGAACUCAUGGAAGCGCUUGUUCCUUUUUUUAAAAGCCCUUCCCCUUCUUCUUCUUCUUCUUCUUCGUUUCCCUCUCCUUCUCCUUCUUCUACCUUCGGAUCUUUCCCGGAAAUCUGUUCGACGUCCAUGGCCCACCCGUUUUCAUUUGGGUCGGAUGUCCAGCUACCCGGGUUGAACCCAUCUUCUCAGAUCCAGUCCCAGAUCGACCUCCAUGGCUACGGGUUCCCACUUCCUCACAACCAAGGCGGCUCCUUUUCGAAUCUCCUCGGCCCGAAACCGGUCCUCAUGAAGAACCCAGGUUCCAUCGGGUCGGGUUUCGGGUUCGGGUCGGGGCAACCGCCGAAGCCGACGAAGCUGUACAGAGGGGUGAGGCAGAGGCACUGGGGCAAAUGGGUCGCUGAGAUCCGUCUUCCCAGGAACCGGACUAGGCUCUGGCUUGGAACCUUCGACACGGCCGAGGAAGCCGCCCUCGCCUACGACGAGGCGGCUUUCAGGCUCCGCGGAGAUUUCGCUCGCCUGAACUUCCCCUCCCUCCGCCACAGCGGGUCCCAAAUCGGCGAGUACCAGCCGCUUCACUCCUCCGUCGACGCUAAGCUCGACGCCAUUUGCCGGACUUUGGCCGAGACCCAGAAGCAGGGGCGGUCGGAGAAGCAGCCCCGGAAGAAGUCAUCAACGGCGAAGCAACCGACGCUGGAGAAAGUGAAGACGGAGGAUAUCGCGGUGGCUGGGUCGCCGCCGGCAGCGGAGAGCGACGGAUCCGCCGGGUCUUCGCCGUUGUCGGAUCUGACCUUCGCGGACUCCGACGAACAGGGGCAGUGGAACACGAAUUUCGCCCUGGAGAAGUAUCCGUCGUACGAGAUCGAUUGGGAGUCUAUUUUAUCUUCCUGAACGAUGGUGUCAGAAUGUGUAAUUGUUGUUUGGGUAGGGGUAUUUAGGUAAUUAGAGGCUUCCGCAAUGGAGUUUUUGGUAAUUGCAGGGUGGCCAUUAGGUGUAAUGUAAGAGUCGUGUCAAAUCUCAAAUUCGGUCUUGCUGUGUUUUUUGUCAUGCACGACCGGACGAGAUCCAUUGUACUUUUUGUCUUCAGUUUCAUUUGAGUUAAUGCAUGUUUUUUAAGUUUAUGUAA